UUUCGGUUCCAAUUGGUAAAAGCCGAGGAAUAUCGCGAUGACAAGCGGCAAGUCAUAAAGGCCGCAACCGCUCUUCCUCUGCUCCGUUCCGGUCUCGCUGUUUUUGAGGCUUCACAAAGUUUGUCCAACUCUGUUUUCAAGUGUCUCUCACUUUAUAGUAUUGCACUUGUUCUGCAUUCCACUCCGCCUUGUCUACCUAGGUACCUUCACGCGACCACAUACCACAAACAAUUACAACCAAUCUAUCAUUUUCCCCUUUUAGACGGGACGUACGUACAAGCGGUAGUGUCACAAGCAAACCAGGCACGCGCUCCGUUAUCGUCGAUCAACCCAAGGUUCCAGGCCGUUGUUCGGAUCAACCGGUUUUGUUUACCCAGGGUCCCAGUCAGCUACUAGUCACUAGUCUAGCCCCUGCGAAAGAACUUUCUGCUGCGCUCCUCCGCUCUCUGCGUUAUCACAAGCCAAUCCUUGACCACCAAAAAGUCCUAUUCUUGUCGUUGGUCCAGACGAUUUCUUACAGUCACCACCACCACCAUCACCACGCCCUAUUUCUAGCUGACCGCUCGCUUGCGUCACCGCAAUUGUCGACAUAAGGAUCGUCUUUCCCGUUCUUGCGGUCUGCUUUUUGUCAGCGCGGCGCUUCCGAGUCGAAUUUUUUUUCACUUAUAAGAGGAAUCCAUCUUGACACCACCUCACGAAUCCUGACCAACAAACUCAAUAAAACACAUCGCAAAGCUAUCAAAAUGAAGGUCUUUUCCAACACAGAAACCUUCAAUUACUCAUGGGAAGAGGUAUCGACUGCCAACUGGCGGAAGUACUGCCCAUGGAACGAGAAGUCGACGCACGUUGUCGCCGUCGAUACCAUCAGCCGCAGCGUUGACCCUGCCACCGGCAUCCUGCGCACCGAGCGCCUCAUCACCUGCCGUCAGGCUGCUCCAGAAUGGCUCAAGAGCAUGAUGGGCGGCGGCAUGGACGAGUCGCAGGUGUUUGAGACUUCAUACGUCGACCCCAAGACCAAGACCGUUACCAUGGUCUCCACAAAUAUCACCUGGAGCAACUUGCUCAACGUCCAGGAGACCGUCGUCUACUCGCCCCUCUCCGAUCACCAGACCAAGUUUCACCAGGAGGCCAAGAUCACCGCUCUGGCUGGUGGCUGGCAGCGCAUCAAGAACAGCAUUGAGGACACCCUUGUCAAGAGGUUCCGGGAGAACGCGGCCAAGGGCAAGGAAGGAUUCGAGUCCGUGCUGGCCAUGAGCAGGCGCGUCUUCGCUGAGGAAAGGGAAAGGGAGAAGAUGGGCCUCAUCAGGGAGCAAGCUGGGAACAUCCGCAUGGCUGCUUAAGUCUCUUUUUGCGAUCCGAGGUCGCUCUGAGAUGCUCGAUGAAUUUCUGCAUCGUUGGGGCAAUUGAGUGACGGCACCAUCAUCACACAUAACGGCAGCAGCAAUGCCGGUAGCGCAUCAUCAAAUCGCCUGCUCGAUCACGACGCCGAAUCACGACAUUUGGCGACACACACACGUGUCGCGCACCCGCGGCAAGCAAACAAGCGAUUGAGCUGAAAAAAAAGCUCCGGGCAGUUCCGUGCAGCAGGCAUUGUCUGUCUCCUGGCUUGGCGCGGCAUUAAUGAUGCAUUCACUCACACACACACACACUUCUCUUUCUUUUUCUUUGCGAUUGAUGGGUUUACAUACAAACAAAAGCGAUGUCGUACGGAGUCCGGGAGUUUAGCCAAAAAGCAUAGACUUGGAGUCAACUUCAUUAGACGGCGUUGUUCGGUGUUCAUUAUUUACUCAAGGAGGGGGAAGAAGCGAUGCAUCUUCAUUUUAUCUUGCUUUUAUUCAUUUCGAUAUCCCAAAUUCAGAUGUGUUUCUAUAGACUUGCAUUUUCCUUUCCUCAUCUUUUGUGUUCAUCUCUGCGUUGUCAUCCCCAUCAUGUCAAGCAGUGUUGAGGCGGAGUUUUCGGAGUUACCCCCUUAUCCCCGGUUCAUUUCUAGGGUUAUUCUUGGGAUUGAGCAUGGAGGUCAAAGGAAACUGAAAAUCAUCAUUUAUCAUUCCUUGCUUCCGGGUUUCCGAAACGGUUUGAAGGAUGCGAGGGGUACUGAUGGCCUUGGAUGCGACGACCCGAGGACACGCGCGGGGUACGAAACUCCUUGUACAUAUCCUAGACGGUUCAGAUAAAUCGGGUUGCGGCAACUGCUAAGAUGGAAUUGGAAAAGGAGAUGAUGGACAGGACAGAGAGGGAUGGAAGAGGGAAACUAGAGCAUUUACAAUGUUUGCUAGAUCUCGUCAUUCACAUUUCAAUUUUGAGAUAAGAGACAUCUUACAUUUCCCUUCAUUC